CCGGUGCCGUGCAAGUUACAAUGUUAUUCACUGGUUUAAUGAUAAUGACCCCCAUCCCUACCCGAGCCAACCACCCACUUCCGGUGAAUGUUUGGGAAAGUGAAGGAAAACCAUUUCCAAGCGAGUCUGUUUACGGUAGUCAACUGUGAUAGCUGUUUUCUGUAUCAACUUCAUAAUUACAGUCGAACUAGUCCGGGGCUCAAUCAAUCUACGAACAUGGCGAAGCAAUUCCUACAGAAGGGAACAGACGAACGAGAAAAGGUCAACAAGGUGGUGAGGUUCAAGAAUAUAGCGGAGACCUACAUUCCAACGAAAACUAAAUGGGGAUUCCUGAAAGGUCAUUUCAAACUACCGAAGCGAGCUACCCGAGACCGCUGGAUACACGACGAAACAUUUCACGAUGCCGUGGCCGGCCUUCUAGUGACAGCGCAACUUUUUGCUGUCAUGCCGGUUUGCGGGAUUACGGCCAAGCAUCCGAAAGCAUUGCAUUUUUCUUGGACCAGUAAACGAGCCAUCUACACGUAUGCGGUUUGUUUAGGGACGAUCUUUUUUGUUGCGACCGCCAUCGUGCGAUUCUUCAUGAAGAGUUUCAACUUCACACGAAUGACCGUUGUUUUCUUCUAUACCUACAAUCUGUACGGUUUGUUCUGUUUCAUACGGGUUGCCCAGAAGUGGCCCGCGCUGAUGUGUAAAUGGUACCAGGCCGAACAACAGCUACCGCAGAGCAGCAACAUCCUGGAACGGGGAGCUUUAGCCAAGAAGAUUCAGCUUCUGUCGAUGGGCGUCCUCACCAUGUCUUUGAGCGAACAUCUGCUCUCGAUUAUUGCGGCUGUUUACUACACACCGAAUUGUCCGGAGAUUCCGGAUCCAUUGGAUAAGUUUUUCAAAACAAAUUUUAUUUUCAUAUUUCACUAUUUUAGUUACAAUAAAAUUUCCGGUUUCAUGGUUAAGUUCAUCAACGCUAUUAGUACCUUUGUAUGGAGUUAUAUCGAUCUAUUCGUAGUGAUCAUCAGCAUCGGGCUGUCGCACACUUUCCAAAGAAUCAACGAAUAUUUAAUGAAACACAAACGAGAGAAAAUGACGGAGCAAUUCUGGGCUGAACAACGUCAAAACUAUCGCAACAUUUGCGAGCUGGUGCAACACGUAGACGACACAAUUUCCGUCAUUACUAUGCUUUCGAUCUCUAACAACUUGUUCUACAUCUGCGUGUCUAUUUUGAAUAGUAUGAAUUCUCAUCCAUCAGUAGCUCACACGUUAUAUUUCUGGCUAGGAUUGGCCUUUCUUAUCAGCCGCACCCUAGCGGUCACAAUGUACUCCGCUCAGGUUAACGACGAAUCAAAACGGCCGAUCGAAGUACUGCGAACGAUUCCCCGUGAUGGAUGGUGCCUGGAGGCGAAACGUUUCACCGAAGAAGUAGUAAACGAUACGGUUGCGCUGACCGGAAUGAAAUUCUUCAACAUGACCCGGAAGCUGAUACUGAAAGUUACCGGCUCGAUCAUCACCUACGAACUGGUGCUGAUUCAGUUCCAUCAAGAGGAACAAGCGGAGGUCGAUUUGUGCAGAAUGAGACGAACAUAGAUAGGCAAGUUUAAGUACAAGGAUUUUGAUCACCAUUUUUCUCCUCUGCGUCGUUCACCUGUAGCAGGACCAACUCAUAGGUGACUAUCGUGCCAGCGAUCUACGAUUGGGAAGAAACAUUAUCUGUCUGUAGCGAAAAUGUAGCUUUAGUAGUAAAACUCACCUUCAAAAUCAACUGCCGAGUGAGAUGGAAAAAUCCAAACCCGGAGAGUGCGACUUUGUCAUUCAGCACUUGCUCAUGGAAGCGUUGAACCUACAAAACAGAUCUUAUAAAUAUAUUUUGUUGUAAGGAGAGGUUUGAAGGUGUGAGAUUAUUAU